CCAAAGUUGUAAUCUCAAGCAAAGAUUAUAGUGUAUAAUGGAAAAGAGGCUAGGGAGGGAGGGAUGAGCAGCGAUAUCAUGGACCCGAAAUUGUGGGAGGCAGCAACCUCCGGAGAUGCAGAAUACAUUGAAAAGAAAAAGAAUCUCCUUGGCCAAGUUACCAUCGAUGGCAACUCGGCGCUGCACAUCGCCGCAAAGUGUGGCUUUGAGGAGCUCGCCAGGCUAGUGAGCAGGGCGCAGCCUUCCCUCCUCACGUCGCAAAACAAGAGCGGAGAUACACCCCUGCACUUGGCGUCGGCCGCUGGCCAUCUCAGUAUCGUGACCCUUUUGAUCAACCACCGGCCGUCAUCUAUCGGUGUUGAGGAAGACGUGACGCGGAUGGCCGUCAUUGCCAACAAAAUCGGGAACACCGCCCUACAUGCGGCGACCAUCGGUGGUCAUCUCUCGGUUGUGAAACUGCUUCUGUCGGGGGCUCCGGAACUGGCGAUCAUGACCAACGGAGCUGGGGUUUCUGCGCUCUACAUGGCAGCCGAGAGGGGAUUGCUAGGGAUUGUGAGGAACAUACUGAUGUUCUCGCCCGCAGUCUCGCACGUAGGGCCCUGUGGUCAGACGGCGCUACAUGCUGCUGUUCUUAGAAGCGACAAAAUAUCAAUGGCGAUAAUAGAAAAGAAUCGUUCGUAUCUGAAACAUCAAGAUGCCUCCCAAAGCACUCCUCUUCACUUUGCAGCGGCCAGUGGAGAUGCUGACAUGCUGGGGUUGCUUCUGCAACAAGAUGCCUCUGCAGGUUACAUGCAGGACGAAGAUGGUUUCGCCAUCAUCCACAUCGCAGCAAGUGUAGGCAACCUGAACAUGAUCAAGAAGAUAUUGGCGCAUUGCCCUGAUGCACGGGAACAGAAGAACAACAGAGGAAGCAACUUUAUUCAUGUGGCCGUCGAGAAGAAGAAUCUAAACCUGGUGAAGUACGUUCUCAGUUCUUCCUCCUCUGCCAAAGAGCUCCUCAACGAACAAGACCAUGAAGGAAACACGCCUUUGCAUCUCGCGGUCCUUGCGAGGGAUCGGAAAAUGAUUCGAAUGUUGUUAUCCAGUCGAAUCGUGGACACUGCCCUCACGAACAAUUCGGGUUUCACACCGAUCGACGUUGCUUCCUCAAAAGUCAGAAUAGAAGUCAGCCUUCGGAUGUAUAACAUCAUGACAGAUUUAAUCUCAUACGGCUCGCGUUUCAGUCCACAGCGAGUCGAUCACUUAAGAAACCACUUGCAGAGAAAGCAAGAUGAUGAAAUAAAUCGAUAUCGAGCAUUGGCCAAUAACCUUGCUGUUAUUGCGGUGCUCAUUGCGACAGUCACCUUUGCAGCUGCAUUCACCUUACCGGGAGGAUACAACAGCAAUGCUGGACCAGAUGAAGGAAUGGCCAUCUUAUCGAGCAGAGCUUCCUUCAAAGCAUUCAUGAUCUCAGACACCUUAGCCAUGGCCAGCUCCAUCACAGUAGCACUCGUUCUGAUCUACUCUGGUUCUCUAGAUCAUGAUGUCCGAUUGCAGUCCCUUAUGACCGCAAUCAAGCUAUUGUGGGUUGCAGUCGGUGCCAUGAGUGUGGCAUUCGUCACUGGUGUGUACGCUGUCGUUGAGCGCGACAUCAAGUGGAUUGCGGUUCUUGUCGCCCUAAUAGUUUGCAGUGUCCCUUUAGUUGCCUUUAUCAUUACUUAUCGGCAUUCAGCAGACUACUUGAGCAUGGUGAAGACACAGUUAAUCCCCUCAUUUGGCCACAAGGAGGAGCAGAUGGAUUUAGAUGAGUUCAAGGACGGUACAACCAAUAAAAGGAUACAAAUGAAAUUUGUUGAAUCUCAUAGAGUUGAUGUCAUGGACUUUAGAACACCAGAGUCAUCGGAGGCAGCUACAUGAGGAUCAAAUUGUUUUAAGAUUUCUUUAUUUCUUUUGGAAAAAUAAUAUGUUAUCAGAUAAUAAUGCUUAUAAGACUUUUGUGUAUGUUCAUUGUGUAUAGAUAUACGCUUUCUGUAUGUUUAUUAUGCAUAGAUAUAAUUAUAAUCUCAGCUAAUCUUAUUAACUA